ACGGCCCUACAAAGGUCACGUGAGGUUGCUGACAAACAUUCGUUCAGCAGAUAAAGAAAAUAUGAGGACAAAGGAGGUGUCAUUGUUUUUGUUCAUUGUUUCAUCCUUGAUUCUGACUGGACCUUGCGUUUGUGAGAUUAAUUUUUUUUUUCUUUUGUGCUUGCAAAACCAUUUUUCAUAAUUUUUUUACGAAUUCACUUUUAGUUUUAGUGAUAUCCUUUUCUCUUUAUGUACACAAGCAGCCAGAUAUUCUCAAUGUCAUCAUUCUGUUUCAAGUAAGACAUCUAGGUACUAUGCAUAAAUGACAAUACAUAAAUAAAUAAUAAUGCAGCGUGGGAAUUAUGCGUAUGUUAAUUGCAUGUAUUUUAUUGAAUCUUUCUGAAUAUGAAGCGCUUCUGUGCUACUCAGAAUCAGAAGCUUAAAAAUGUUAAUUUACUAUUUGUGUUAUUUGUGGUAUAUUUUUCUUAAUGUCCGUAGCACAUGGAAGAAAAAACUUUUCCCCUCAAGCUCGUUGCGAGUUAACACACCGAGAGAUCUGUCUGGAGAUUGUGUUGGUUAAAAAAAAUAACUAAAUUAAUAUAUGUGCCAAAUAGUAUUACUGACAGUAUCCUAAACUAUGUCUUUAUAAAGUUUAGCAAAUAACGCAAAUAUAGAUAUAUAUUUGAUAACGUAUGCAAAUAAGAUACUAAGGGUUACUUCUAAUAAUGGUGCAAAAUUAUCCUUAAAUGCCACCAUUUAAAUUUCCUCUGAUAAAAAUGUUCGUAAUAAAUAUAUUAAACCUAAAAAUCCCAUUCGGUGGGUCGGUCGUAGAACCCCCCCCCCUCCCCCACACCACUUUUUCCGUGUCUGGAAAAUUCUGGCUACGCCACUGACGAUGUGUAUUUCUGUCACAAGAAACAAACUGUUAUGUGUCACAGGAAACAAACUGUUAUGUGUCACACGAAACAAAAUGUUAUGUGUCACAAGAAAGAAACUGUUAUGUGUCACAGGAAAGAAACUGUUAUGUGUCACAAGAAACAAACUGUUAUGUGUCACAAGAAAGAAACUGUUAUGUGUCACAAGAAACAAACUGUUAUGUGUCACAAGAAAGAAACUGUUAUGUGUCACAAGAAAGAAACUGUUAUGUGUCACAAGAAACAAACUGUUAUGUGUCACAAGAAACGUGAUCCCUACAGAAGAUUUAUUUUAAUAACUCUCUAUAACGAGUGAAAUUAAAAUGUUUAUAGUGAAUCGAGGUACAAUAAGCUUUUAAACAUAAAAAUAGAUUUGAGCACAUAUUGGAUUGCGCAAUGUUUCCAUGGCAGAAGUUUCUCUUGACUACCCGCCACCGUAGACUUCGAAAGUUUCUCUUGACUACAUGCCACCUUAGACUUAGAGAUCUCAGUUUCUCUUGACUACCCGCCACCUUAGACUUCGAGAGUUUCUCUUGACUACAUGCCACCUUAGACUUAGAGCUCUCAGUUACCUGCCACCUUAGACUUCGAGAGUUUCUCUUGACUACAUGCCACCUUAGACUUAGAGAUCUCAGUUUCUCUUGACUACAUGCCACCUUAGACUUCGAGAGUUUCUCUUGACUACAUGCCACCUUAGACUUCGAGAGUUUCUCUUGACCACCCACCAGCUUAGACUUAGAGCUCUCAGUUUCUCUUGACUGCAUGCCACCUUAGACUUCGAGAGUUUCUCUUGACUACAUGCCACCUUAGACUUAGAGCUCUCAGUUUCUCUUGACUGCAUGCCACCUUAGACUUCGAGAGUUUCUCUUGACUACAUGCCACCUUAGACUUAGAGCUCUCAGUUACCUGCCACCUUAGACUUAGAGAGUUUCUCUUGACUACAUGCCACCUUAGACUUAGAGCUCUCAGUUACCUGCCACCUUAGACUUAGAGAGUUUCUCUUGGCUACCUGCCACCUUAGACUUAGAUAUCUCAAUUAAAAAAAAAAAAAAUUCAAUGGAAACUAAAAAAAAAAGUUUCAAUGGAAACUAAAAAAAAAUGUCUUUAAAAAUUAAAGUAAAGCAAACAAAAUUAAAAUUAAUCUACUGCUUUAAGGCUUAAAGUUUGAUCUCUACUCACGAGGUCAACUAAUACACAGGGAUUGAGAUAUCUGAGCUCUGGGACAAAGUCUUUUUGCCCGUGGCUUUAAGCGGAGCUUGUAACAUUUUUACUGCUCUAAGCUAAAACAAUAAUUUUAAAAAAAAAUAAUUUUAAAAAUUUAAGUUAGAAAAAAUAAUAUAUUUAAAAGUUUUAAAUACGAAAAAAAAUAAUUCGUUAAAAAUGAUGCCAUGUUGUUCUAUUAGCUAUGUUGCUCUACUCUUAUACCAGCAAUGUUGCCCCCACUCUUCUACCAAUUUUGUUCCCUACCUUUCUACCUGCUUUUGCCCUACUCUUCUACCAGCAUCCCUGCUAAUAAUAUUAAUUAAUUUCUAUGAAUUUAAUAGAUUAUUUAUAGCAGUAGAAAUUGAAGUACAGUAAUGUAUUAACUGAUUCAUUUCUUGACACCUACUUCACUAAUUUGAACUAAUGAAACAUGUCUUUCAUUAGAGCUGCAAGACUGCAUACUACCCCAAUGAUGGAGUCAGUGGUGAACAAACCCACAUAUCUGUAAACUAACACAAUGGUGGGCUCAGUGUUACACAAACCCACAUAUAUUAUGUAUACUACCACAAAGGUGGGCUCAAUGUUACAAACCCACAUAUCUGUAAACUACCACAAAGGUGGGCUCAGUGUUACACAAACCCACAUAUCUGUAAACUACCCCAAUCAUUGACUCACUGUUACUUACACAAACCCACCAAUAGGAUGUUUCUAAUGAGCAAUGUCUUCUAUUAUUAAGGCUGGUUACUACCCCAAUGGUGGACCCAGUGUUACACAAACCCACCAAUAGGAUGUUUUCCCACAAGUUACCCAUACAACAACACUGCCGGACUUGGGCCACAGAGUCCCCAGAUAAUUCGGCCACAGUUUCAUUUCUAUGGCAACUCUGAUCAUGCUACAGUCACACUUGACCAGCUCCAUCAGGUUAGACAUUUUUUAAAGGAAUUGUUUGACUAACAGCGCCUUAGAAUUAGAGCCUUGGAAAUAUCUGUGACAUGGGCGUAACAUGAUUAACUUAGAGCUUUAUACUAUAUAUGUGACAUGGGGGUAAAAUGAUUAACUUAGAGCUUUAUACUAUAUCUGUGACAUGGGGGUAAAAUUAUUAACUUAGAGCUUUAUACUAUAUCUGUGACAUGAGAGUAAAAUGAUUAACUUAGAGCUUUAUACUAUAUAUGUGACAUGAGAGUAAAAUGAUUAACUUAGAGCUUUAUACUAUAUAUAUAUAUCUGUGACAUGAGAGUAAAAUGAUUAACUUAGAGCUUUAUACUAUAUAUGUGACAUGGGGGUAAAAUGAUUAACUUAGAGCUUUAUACUAUAUCUGUGACAUGGGGGUAAAAUUAUUAACUUAGAGCUUUAUACUAUAUCUGUGACAUGAGAGUAAAAUGAUUAACUUAGAGCUUUAUACUAUAUCUGUGACAUGGGGGUAAAAUGAUUAACUUAGAGCUUUAUACUAUAUCUGUGACAUGGGGGUAAAAUGAUUAACUUAGAGCUUUAUACUAUAUAUGUGACAUGGGCGUAAAAUGAUUAACUUAGAGCUUUAUACUAUAUCUGUGACAUGGGGGUAAAAUGAUUAACUUAGAGCUUUAUACUAUAUAUGUGACAUGGGCGUAAAAUGAUUAACUUAUUCUAUUGGGGUAUUGAACCCUAUCAUCGCAGAAUAGCUUAAAAUGGUUAUUUUUAUUUGAUUUUUAAAAAUACUUAAGCAUUAUUACCAAAUCAAUAUAUUCUUUUGAAUUGAUAGAAAGAUGCCUUCAAGUUAAACCAAUUGCACUUUCAAUUUCUGUGACAGGUUCGUGACAAUGUGUUCAACCCUGCUGUCAAGACUGUCGUCAUCAUUCAUGGGUACCUAGAGAACACCAAUACGGAGUGGAUAGAACAAAUGGCCACUGCAAUAUUACAGAAGGUAACAGCGUGUGAUUGUAGCCUAUACAACUAAACUAAUGCUCGAGUUUUCACCACAAAUUAUGUUAAAUCAGUCCCACUCCGUGGACCCGAAACUUGGGGAACAGCGGCGAGCAUCCCGCAGAAAGUACAUACUUUCAUAAACGUAUUGCCUUAGAAAGAUUCUGAACAUAAAAUGGCCAAAUCACCGUCACCCACAAGACUCACUGGAGAUGACAUAUCAAGAGCCUGUUGUUGACGACAUCAAAACGAUAAGAUAGAGGUGGGUAAGGCAAACUCUUUGUGGAACCCCCCCCCCCUAUAACAUCACCAGACAUUCCCUAAACAUGGAACCCACAGCGAAAAGGGAAGAGAGGAAGGCCACAGAAUACAUGGGCACGCGAACCAGAUGCAGAAACACAAAGUAUGGUAUACGCCUGGGAACAACUGUAAAGGAAAGCACAUGACCGAGAUGAAUGGACAAUUCUUAAAGACCUCCUUUUUCUCAUGUGAGGUUAAAAGGCAUAAACUGAUAAAAUAACUGCAAAAAAAGUUUUUUUUUAAUGAAUACUGGUGAAUGUGCACCCAAAUCAUCGAGAUAAUUCUGGUCUGAUGUAACCGAAAGACGUUUUAAAAAUCUUUCGCCGUUAAAAAGAAAAAUAUAACCUCUCAUAUACUGUAUAUUUAAGGGACGGUGAUUCUUAGGUUUUAAAAUGUAGCUGAAGCUAAUCCUCUAGUUUAUAAAGGAGUACCAAAUUCAAAAUUAGCAUGUUGCGGUCAUGUCCAGACAAGAAUUGGGAAAAGUUAAGGAAAAUAUUGUGGAGAAUGGUCAAACUUUUUAAAGGUUUAGGUGGGGCAGGCAGAUUAACUAAAUGUGCUAUAAAGCUGCCCAGCCAAGGACAUUAUGGUGGGGCAGUCAGAAAAACUUUUAGGGGACAUGGGUAAAAUGAAAAAUAUAUUUAUCUGGGCAAUAAUUCAUUUUGUAAGCAUAAAAAUUGUGAUAGUUGGUGUCUCAAGAUAAAGUAGAAACUGGAAAAAAUGAAAGUUUUUCCUUCUCUUGUGAUGAGUAAUAUUAUGCCAGUAUUUCAGAUUUCAUGUGAUGAUCUUUCAGCCAAAAUAGGUCCACACGGGGAGGGGGAGUGGUGCCCGGAAAGGGGGGGGGGGGAAUGCAAAUGAAGCUUUCCAUAAUUUAAUUGGUAUCGCUGUCCCAAGACCAAGAAAUCAUUUGUUGAAGAUGAUGCCACUAGAAAAAGCUGUAGAUGAUACCACUUUAUGCCAGUAUUUCAGAUUUCAUGUGAUGAUCUUUCAGCCAAAAUAGGUCCACACGGGGAGGGGGAGUGGUGCCCGGAAAGGGGGGGGGGAAUGCAAAUGAAGCUUUCCAUAAUUUAAUUGGUAUCGCUGUCCCAAGACCAAGAAAUCAUUUGUUGAAGAUGAUGCCACUAGAAAAAGCUGUAGAUGAUACCACUAGAAAUAGCUGUAGAUGAUGCCAAUGGAAAUAGCUGUAGAUGAUGCCACCAGAAAUAGCUGUAGAUGAUGCCACUAGAAAUAGCUGUAGAUGAUGCCACUAGAAAUAGCUGUAGAUGAUGCCACUAGAAAUAGCUGUAGAUAAUGCCACUAGAAAUAGCUGUAGAUGAUGCCACCAGAAAUAGCUGUAGAUAAUGCCACUAGAAAUAGCUGUAGAUGAUGCCACUAGAAAUAGCUGUAGAUGAUGCCACUAGAAAUAGCUGUAGAUGAUGCCACUAGAAAUAGCUGUAGAUGAUGCCACCAGAAAUAGCUGUAGAUGAUGCCACUAGAAAUAGCUGUAUUAGCUGUAGAUGAUGCCACCAUAAAUAGCUGUAGAUGAUGCCACCAGAAAUAGCUGUAGAUGAUGCCACCAGAAAAAGCUGUAGAUGAUGCCACCAGAAAUAGCUGUAGAUGAUGCCACCAGAAAUAGCUGUAGAUGAUGCCACCUGAAAUAGCUGUAGAUGAUACCACCAGAAAUAGCUGUAGAUGAUACCACCAGAAAUAGCUGUAUUAGCUGUAGAUGAUGCCACCAGAAAUAGCUGUAGAUGAUGCCACCAGAAAUAGCUGUAGAUGAUGCCAAUAGAAAUAGCUGUAGAUAAUGCCACUAGAAAUAGAUGUAUAUGUUGCCACCAGAAAUAGCUGUAUAUGUUGCCACCAGAAAUAGCUGUAGAUGAUGCCACCAGAAAUAGCUGUAUUAGCUGUAGAUGAUGCCACCAGAAAUAGCUGUAUUAGCUGUAGAUGAUGCCACCAGAAAUAGCUGUAUUAGCUGUAGAUGAUGCCACCAGAAAUAGCUGUAUUAGCUUUAGAUGAUGCCACCAGAAAUAGCUGUAGACGAUGCCACCAGAAAUAGAUGUAGAUGAUGCCACCAGAAAUAGCUGUAGAUGAUGCCACCAGAAAUAGUUGUAAAUGUUGCUUCUAGAAAUAGUUUUCUCAAAAUAUCAUUUGCCUUAGAAUUACUUCGUAUCAAACUCCUUCAUUACUUAAUCAAUAGCUAUAUAAAUUGGCAUACAUGUCCAUGAUAUAUUUAUUUUCUGCUUUAAUAAGAUUAUUCAGAUCGUUUAAAAAAAUAAAAUAUAUUCGGGAAAGUAUUAACGCGUAUAGCCAAACUUUUGCAUCGAAGAUUAGGGAUAUUUUCAGGAAAAUUACAUUUUCUCUUUAAUACAAAUAUUUUACUAACCAUUUAUAACACCAUCAAUUAUUGCAGCAUGUCAAUUUUUUAAGGUUCUGGGUCUAUCUGUACUGGAGAUUUAUUUUAUUACUUAUAUCGAUUUUAGAAAUGUUUUUAAAUGUAUUUUGUUCCACAUGAUUUAUAAUAACUGAAACCAAAAAUAUGGUCGAGUUCCUUAAUUUCAAUUUUUGGGCUUCCCCUGCCCUAAACCACUAGAUAUCUCAGUGCUAGAGCAACUACAAGUAGCACCGUCACGUGACUUUUUUUUGGGGUGCGGGUGGGGUCCGUGAUAACCUUUCGGUCCAUUCAAAGUUGUUAUUUUAUUCCUCCCCCCCCCACCCACCCGCAUCACAUCUUCGUCGCCAUAAAAAUCCGAGGCCUCCUGCAUCAGAAGAGGUUGCAGGGCGCACGCAACGGCUGUGGUACCAGCAUGGUACUAAGCUGAUGUCCUGUCCGUUUGUCCACCAUACAAAUACGCUACAGUAAAUUAAAACUACAUUAAAACAUUGCUAAAAAAAUCGAUUAACUUUCCAGGGGGGGGGCAAAAUUUUUUUAGCAAUGUUUUAAUGUAGUUUUAAUUUACUGUAGCGUAUUUGUAUGGUGGACAAACGGACAGGACAUCAGCUUAGUUACUUUCUCUUUAUUUGCUCUUUACUUUAAUAAAUUGUUUGUCUAUUUUUGUCUAAAAAUUUUGUAUCCAAUCAAUCCAGGGGGGGGGGGCAAGUGCCCACCUUGCCUCUACCUGCGGGCGCCCAUGGGUACCAGCCAAUAAAAAACGAAAAUACAGUGGAAAAACAGCUGUAACGCGCCCCGCAUAACGCGAUCUAAAAUUAGGAACUUCAAUUGUCACAUUAUAUUCAAACGAAUCGCUCUGAUCUUUAUUUUAUUUGAAUAUAUUGAAAAUGCCUAGUUGAAUUUGAACGUAAUUCAUGAAACAAAAAAGCUAAUGGCUAAUUCUGUUGGUUUACAGCAGUGUUUGUUUUUGUUUUUUUAAAGAAUUGAUUCUAAUGUCGGUAUUUCAUGUUUGCAAAGGGCGACGUUAAUGUUGUUGUGGUGGAUUGGAGCAGAGGCGCCAACAAUCUGAUCUACUACCAGAGUGCUGCGAAUACACGGGUCGUUGGUGCAGUGCUGGCAUUACUUCUACAGGUCAGUCAAUGGGUUGUCAUUACUUCUACCGGUCAGUCAAAGGGUUGUCAUUACUUCUACAGGUCAGUCAAUGGGUUGUCAUUACUUUCUACCGGUCAGUUAAAGGGUAAGCAUUACUUCUACAGGUCAGUCAAUGGGUUGUCAUUACUUCUACCGGUCAGUUAAAGGGUAAGCAUUACUUCUACAGGUCAGUCAAUGGGUUGUCAUUACUUCUACCGGCCAGUUAAAGGGUAAGCAUUACUUCUACAGGCCAGUCAACGGGUUGUCAUUACUUCUACCGGUCAGUUAAAGGGUAAGCAUUAUACUUCUACAGGCCAGUCAACGGGUUGUCAUUACUUCUACCGGUUAGUUAAAGGGUAAGCAUUAUACUUCUACAGGCCAGUCAAUGGGUUUCAUUACUUCUACCGGUCAGUUUAAGGGUAGGCAUUACUUCUACAGGUCAGUCAAUGGGUUUCAUUACUUCUACCGGUCAGUUAAAGGGUAAGCAGUUAAAAUGUACAAGUCAGUCAUUGGGAGGACUUUACUUCUACAGGUCAGUCAUUGGGUUGGCAUUACUUCUACAUGUCAUUUAAACGGUUGGCAUUACUUCUAAAUGUCAUUUAAAGGGUUGGCAUUACUUCUACAUGUCAUUUAAAGGGUUGGCAUUACUUCUACAUGUCAUUUAAAGGGUUGGCAUUACUUCUACAUGCCAUUUAAAGGGUUGGCAUUACUUCUACAUGUCAUUUAAAGGGUUGGCAUUACUUCUACAUGUCAUUUAAAGGGUUGGCAUUACUUCUACAUGUCAUUUAAAGGGUUGGCAUUACUUCUACAUGUCAUUUAAAGGGUUGGCAUUACUUCUACAUGCCAUUUAAAGGGUUGGCAUUACUUCUACAUGUCAUUUAAAGGGUUGGCAUUACUUCUACGUGUCAUUUAAAGGGUUGGCAUUACUUCUACAUGUCAUUUAAAGGGUUGGCAUUACUUCUACAUGUCAUUUAAAGGGUUGUCAUUACUUCUACAUGCCAUUUAAAGGGUUGGCAUUACUUCUACAUGUCAUUUAAAGGGUUGGCAUUACUUCUACAUGCCAUUUAAAGGGUUGGCAUUACUUCUACAUGUCAUUUAAAGGGUUGGCAUUACUUCAACAUGUCAUUUAAAGGGUUGGCAUUACUUCUACAUGUCAUUUAAAGGGUUGGCAUUACAUCUACAGGUCAGUAAAUAAGUGCGCCGCAAAAUAAACAAAAUUUGCAUAAUUUUAUUACUAUCUCCAUCUAAUGUGAAAGGGCAAGAAAUCUAGUGGGCCUGUUGCAAGCAAUUUACCGACAUAGUAAUUAGACUAUUAAAAAAUUGCACUAGAUGGUGCUCUGUAGGCCUAUUUUUAAAUAUGAUUUCAUUUAUUUUUAUAUUUUAAACUUAAUUAUAUAAAAAAGAAAUAUUUCUCUAUUUGGCAUUAUACUUGUAAUAAUUUGACAAAUGGCGCUUUGGGAAAGUCGAGAUUGAGCCCGGGCAACAAGGUUUUGGGAUCAACUGCCAUAUAUUAUUGUAUUUGUAGAUUUUAGGAGCAACUGCCAUAGAUUAUUGUAGCUGUAGAUUUAAAUAUAAUAUUUCCUCCAUUAUAAUGUUGCAAACAUCCACUUGCCACUGAUUGGAGCAUGUGAUUAAACACGUGGACAACACAAGCAGACCACACUUAUCAAAACCACAUCAUGCAUAGUUUCAAAUUAAAGGGGAAAAAUUGAUAAAAAGCCACACUAAACCAGAAAAAGUCCGUUUUUUUUUUUUUAAUUUUAAAAAUGGUACCCAUACCUGUGUGUGCGCACGAUACAAGACCACAACUUAGACCUAGUUGUCUCCUUUGGACUUAAGAGAUGUCAACCAAGUACUUCCUUGGAAUGAAUGAAAGUUAUUUUUCUAUGUCGACUGUGUUGAUCUCCUAGAACUGAACAUGAAAUCAGCGACAUAUUUUUAGCAUGUUAAGUAUCAAUAUGAUUAUAUUUGAUGUUUCAAAAUAAUCAGUGCUACGAGGCAAUAGAAAACGAAAAAUAUAGUGAGGAAUUGCUGCAAAGCGCGAUCCAAAAAUCGGAAACUACAUAAAAAAUAUCAUGUACCUGGACAUUGGUGACUAUUCCACUUACUUAAGGCAGUAGAGAUGUGCAAAGUUUUGUAGGCUAAUCAGAGGCGUAGCGAUGAUAUUUUGCGCCCGGGGACGAACUAUAAAAUUGGCGCCUCAGCCCCCCCCCCCCCCCCCCCCCCCCCACAAUUUUCUAUUAUAAUGGAUAAGGAAAACAAAAUAAAUUUUCAUCAAACAUUGUAUUGAGAGAAGCAAAUUGAUAGAAAUGAUAGUACAUUACCCACUCAGUCACUUAGGCCGAAUGGUCUAAACUGAGCAAAAUCUCAAGUUGGUGGUCUGGAGUUCAAUUCCAGCCAGAGCCCAGUCAAGCAAUAACACCACCAGCACCGCGGGUAGAUGAGACUCGUCAACCUUGGAUGGCGACUCAUCUAAGAGAAGGAAACCCUGAAAUCAAACCCGGAGAUGGAGUCCCGAAAGGCGGAUAACAUUGAUACAAUGAAACAUUCCGGCAACUCCUGCGACGUCACUGGUUACCCAGCGGUGUGGAGAAAGGCGAUUUGCUGUUGGGAACCAGCUUAUAAUCCUUGAAGUAUAAUCCCAGGCCAUGUGGAUUUCGUCCUCCGAAACCCACUCCAUCGUCACAUUGUGACGGACGGAUGCCAACACUGUCGUAGACUGGUUCACAUAGUCUACUAAAGAUUAAUUUUCUCGUUGUCACUGUCGCUUACUGGUCAAUGACGCAAUCAAAAUCGGUUGUUUUUUUUCCCCCCAAUGUUUCUCUUUCAACGCUAAGAAGAGCAAGAGCGCUCAGACAAUCUUGUCCCAAUGACGCAAUCAAAAUCUGUUUUUUUUUUUCCACAAUUGUUUCUCUUUCAACGCCAAGAAGAGCAAGAUCGCUCAGACAAUCCUGUCCCAUUGACGCACGCAAAUGUGACAAAAUAAGUAGGCUUUCAGACGGCACGUCUGCUGAGCCACUGUACCGAUCUUUUGACCGAUUUAUUUCCCUGGUUUACUUAUUAUAAUGUAACGUUUUACGCCUCUUUUGGCGCCCAUGUUCCUUGGCGCCCGGGGACAUAUGUAUCCCCUGCACCCCCCCCCCCCCCCCCCCCCUCUGAGGCUAAUUACUUUCUUGAAGACAGCAAAAAAAGCUGAUUAUAAAGUGCCAUUAAAAUGAAAAAGACUCAGCCUCCUGUUGUUUUGUGUGUGUGUGUGUGUCUGGGUGUGAGUGUGUUGUUUUAACAUUUUUUAAAAUGGAAAAUUGUUAUACGCAAAUAAUGAUACAUAAUCUUAAUUAUAGAUUUUUAAUUUUUUAUUUUUUUUUACAGUUCGAUUUGAGGGCAUAAGUAUGCUCUAAUCUGGCAAAAUGUACAAUGCUGGUAAAUUUUUAAAUCUAAUCAAGGCUUGGUGGCAUAAACAAUGUAUAUCUAACAUUUGAAAAGAAUAUUUCCGUAGAGAACAAAGUUUUUUUGGAAAUAAAACUAGGCCCUAAAAAAAUUUUUGUUGUAGACUCUAAAUCUCCAAAAUCUUUUUUUUUUAACAAAAAAAAAACCCCCAAAUGGAUUUUCUAACGUCAAAGAAGUUAAAAAUGGCCGAUUUCUAUAGAAGAACAAGUGGACGACCCACUUAGCCGUCACAUUGUAGAUGGGCAAACUGUUGUCACGUAGAUUUGUCUGAGGUAAGAGCUGCCGUCGAACACGUGACAGUCCUUCAACAUCAGACGGGUAACAAUUAACUGCUUGAAAAUCUAAUCACUGGCGUGUGUUCAUCCACAGGAGCUGGUGUCCAUGGGCUCAGAGCCUGGUUUAGUUCACCUCAUCGGCUUUAGUCUCGGAGCACACGUGGCUGGCUACGCGGGGGGUCAGGUGAACGGGAUCGGGAGGAUAACAGGUGAGUCGAAAGCUAGUCCCUGGAGCUGGCGCUUGGCGUGGGACAAAGAAUUGUGUAAUCGAAUUAAAAGUUGAUACUUAGCAGGCAGUCAUCUUUAAGUUAUACGCAGUUCUUGCAAGAGGUUAGCCAUAUCCGCGCCGUGUUUACCUCUGUCGCCAGAUGGAAUUCAGUAUAGGAUUGUUCAGCUUUUCAUAAGCCUCAGGCCUUUGCCAAAGGCAAACAGAAUUAAUAUAUUUUGAAUAUGGACCACAACUUAAAGCUUGUAACGCUUCCCAAAUCACACUUAGAUUUGUAAGUACACUAGUACUGUAUUUUUAAAAGGCAUAUUAAAAUAGACUUCCCAAGUUGAUCUUGUCCGCCCGCACUCAUUGCGCACCGUGAUGCGCUCGCUUUCGCUGCUUCCCCCGUCUUCCGCACCAAUUGCGCACAAAAGAAUACAUUCGUUACUCACAUCGACAACUUACAAACCAUACCGAAAAUAAAGGCAAAUGACCGUCUGUACAGUAUACAACUAAACUUGGUGGAUAUAUGGAGCGCCAUCUGGAAUUAUUAUUAGGGUAUAGAUUAUGCAUCUCUGUCCGCAAAUUAUACACGCCACUACGGUUGCAUUGUCCCAGCUUGUAUUAAAAUAUUUCCCUCGUCUUGUACAUUACUAACUUUUUACUAGUUACGUAUUUUUAGAGUGUUUUUUCUCUUGUCUAUUACUAAGAUAUUAUUAUAGUUAUAAUAUAUUUUUUGACCCACAUAGUUACUGUAAAUUAUAUUUAAAUUAUAAUAUAUAGCUAACUCAGUGGGGUUUCAUAUUUCUGUUAUAUUCAUCAAUUCAGUUAUGAUAUUUUUUUUUGUUCAUCUCUCCAUAAAAAGUUUGUUUAAUCCCACAUCACAGGUUAUGUUUUAAUCCCACAUCACAGGUCAUGUUUUAAUCCCACUUCACAGGUCAUGUUUUAAUCCCACAUCACAGGUCAUGUUUUAAUCCCACAUCACAGGUCAUGUUUUAAUCCCACUUCACAGGUCAUGUUUUAAUCCCACAUCACAGGUCAUGUUUUAAUCCCACAUCACAGGUCAUGUUUUAAUCCCACUUCACAGGUCAUGUUUUAAUCCCACAUCACAGGUCAUGUUUUAAUCCCACAUCACAGGUCAUGUUUUAAUCCCACUUCACAGGUCAUUAUCACAGGUCAUGUUUUAAUCCCACAUCACAGGUCAUGUUUUAAUCCCACAUCACAGGUCAUGUUUUAAUCCCACAUCACAGGUCAUGUUUUAAUCCCACAUCACAGGUCAUGUUUUAAUCCCACAUCACAGGUCAUGUUUUAAUCCCACAUCACAGGUCAUGUUUUAAUCCCACAUCACAGGUCAUGUUUUAAUCCCACAUUACAGGUCAUAUUUUAAUCCCACAUCACAGGUCAUGUUUUAAUCCCACAUCACAGGUCAUGUUUUAAUCCCACAUCACAGGUCAUGUUUUAUCUCCCAACCCCCUACCCCAAAUUAAAUCACAGGUCUUGACCCUGCUGGUCCAAGUUUUGAAGGAACCCCACCUGAAACAAGACUGGACCCCACUGAUGCCAUAUUUGUGGAUGUCAUUCACACUGACGGUGCCCCGGGCAUUGGCAUGGGUAAAAAAAUGAUCCUAGCUGUUCGUGGAUAAUUUAGUCAAAGUCUGAUAAUGAUAUAUUGAGACUAGACCCUGGCACGAGGGGCCUUUUUUUUCCUUCACCUUUUGAUUUGAGUUUUCGUAUAAUAAGAUCCUAAAAUAUCAACCACCUAAGUAUAAGAUUUUAUUGUAGAGUAUUCGCCAAAACUGACUGCACUAUUAUACUCCCGCAUUGUUAACGCGUACGUGGUUUUGUCAACGCUGCGUAGCUCAGGCCGCCACGUGUUCCUCAGCAGUGAAAAUGAUGAUGUGACGGGCAGUUGGUGUCAAUGGGUCUCUAAUGGAGGACAGGGUAUUACAGUUGAGUAUGUGUUUCGCCCAUGCGUAUGUGAUUAAGAGAUCGUGUCUGGGGGGGGGCGUGUUGGAACAAAUGGUGGCAGGACAGUUCUUAUAAAGAUUUAAUAAGACAGCACCAAGUAACAGUGCCGUCUAUUGUUUUUAAAUUUCUCAGUUCUUGAAGUGUAUUGUAUGUGUUAUGUUGUUGUUGUUACUUGUAGGGUUGUAAUUAUCAUUUAUACUAUACUGUGCAUCCACAUUUUACAUGCGUUCACCAUGUUUAUCCAAAUAAGUACCAGAGGAAUUAGCAUCCCGACUCUUAUUGAUUGAUGAACGGACACACAAUUAAACAAUAUCUCUAUGGAUCAGAGUAAAAUAUAAUCCUUCAUACAACUUCUUCUGUUUCACAAAAUGAGCAUUAAGAUGCUAAUAAUAACUAAAAUGAACAUGGCCAGUGCCAAAUAAAGGAAUCCUUGCAGAACAACACUCAUGACCUUUAAAACUCUAUCCCAUCAUUCCUUCACUUCCUGUUAUUUUUAUUUAACAAAAACAAUACAUUAUUUUUACGAAAAAAAUUGAUAUCUAAAUAUUAGAUUUGUGACAUGUACACGUGUAUUGUGUACAAGUGUAUUGUUUCAGCGGACAGGAAGUCUGGCCCACCGGUAAGCUUUAUGAUUUGAAUCCCGCUAUGGGCGCCCGCAGGUAGGGGCAAGGGGGGAGGGGGCAUCUUUCAAACUGAACAUCUUUCAAACUGAACAUCUUUCAAACUGAACAUCUUUCAAACUGAACAUCUUUCAAACUGAACAUCUUUCAAACUGAACAUCUUUCAAACUGAACAUCUUUCAAACUGAAUAUCUUUCAAACUGAAUAUCUUUCAAACUGAAUAUCUUUCAAACUGAACAUCUUUCAAACUGAACAUCUUUUAAACUGAACAUCUUUUAAACUGAAUAUAUUUAAUGCGCCCUUUCACCAGUUAAGGACAUAGGUGCAUUUUCGUAGUCUAUUCAGGUUGGACAACUCUUCACAGAGCCAAAUGUUCCAGCCAGAGUGAUGCAUUGUGAACAUUUCUGGCUAUGGUUCACCAGGAUCCAGAUCUGUAUAUGAUUGUGUGGCUCUCCUACGAAAGUCACAUUCACUUACUGGUCGAUCCUGGACUUUCCCUUCCGUUGACAGAGUAGCUUUUUCCAAAGCUAUGCUACUUUUUUUUUUUUUUCAAGCUCUCAAUGAAUUUUUUCUGCCACGUUUAUUCGAACACGUUCACCCUAUACAUUCCCAUAUACGUAUGAGCGCAAAUAAUGCUCGGCGACGACUGACCUUUUCUCCACUGAGAGACACAAUCCACAAAAUAACUGCCUAACAAUAUCUAUAUUUUUCACUAUCGGGAACACGUGGCAGCUGGAGUUAUGCACCGUUGACAGAAACACCAGUAAACCGUCGAUUCGGGAGUUUCUGUUCUGUUAGUUUGAUGUUGUUGUGUUGCGCAUAGAGUAUAUAAUAUCAUUUGUUAAUCCGGGGAAAUAAUUUUCUGUGAACCAAUCGUCAUAUAAAUUUUCAACAGAAGAGUUUGUUUCUCAAACGAUCCUGUUAGUAUGGUCGUAGAUAGGAAAUAGUUUCAUGUUUAAAAAAAAAAAAAUGAUGCAUCUACUGUAACUUUAUUAGCCUUACAGCUCCAGCUGACCGAUUCAAUGAUGUACUGACUUAUUUCAGGGACCCUGGAACCAAUGGGAACGGUGGAUUUCUACCCAAACGGCGGGAUGCAUCAGCCAGCGUGCCCAAACCGUGUUGUUGACAGAUUGUCCGCCAUGUUUGAAACAUUAGGUCUCUCUCGUGGUAAAAAAAAAAAGGAACAGAACUAUAGACCGAUUUUAGGUGGGGUGGGGGGUGGGGGGUAUUCCUUAAAUGACGUCACAUCAUUUAUUACACUUUCCCAUUACGUACAAUUUCGCUAUUUUUAGUUGACAAUGUAGGCCAACCUAAUUUAUUAAACAUAUGAUCUCAUAGAGUAAAAAAACAAAAAAAACAAAAAGAUGAAUUAAACAAAUUUAAAAACCAAAGACCAAAACAAAAACUGUACAUAAAAAAAAUGUCUAUAAUUCGCUUUUAGUCAUGUCAUUAUAGUUUUAUUUACAUUCUAGCUUCUCUGCUCUCUUACUAUAUAUAUACAUUAAUAUUAAAAAUUAAGGGCCGUCCAUAAAGUACGUUACGUUAUUUUUUACUAUUUACCCCCCCCCUUCUCCCCCUGUCACAAAUCUCGCAACCCCCCCCCCCCUAAAGUACGUCACAGUUUCGAACAAUUUUUUUUUUAAUUAGUACCUAAUUAAUAUUUAUUCUAAAACACAUCACUAUUAAACUGUAUUAAAAUAUAAGAUUUCCACUUAAAAUAACUAUCACGUUUUAAAAUGAUUUUAAUAGUAAAAUAGUUACUAGCGCUCCUGGCGAGAGGAAUCGUGAACAAAACAUUCAGGAGAUACACAUUUCAUGCUAUAUUGACAUAAAACUAAUUCAAAUGUUUCACCAAAUUUUUGAACAUUAUUUUUAAAGCUAUUAAAUUCUACUUUAAAAAUAAAAAUAAUUUAGGAAUAAAAUUUUAAAACAUUAAUGUGUGACGUCACACAUGGCCUGACCCCCCCCCCCUUUUCCCCCAACUGUCACCCUUUCUUACACCCCUCCCCCCCUCCCCUUUUUUGGAGCGUGACCUACUUUUUGGACGGCCCCUUAGGUAUGUUACCGGUUUUUAAUUUAUGAUUAUUUCCCCCCCGCCCUUUCCCCCAACUGUCACCCUUUCUUACACCCCUCCCCCCCUCCCCUUUUUUGGAGCGUGACCUACUUUUUGGACGGCCCCUUAGGUAUGUUACCGGUUUUUAAUUUAUGAUUAUUUUUUAUCUAUUUAUUUAUUUACGCUUUGAUGUGACGUCACAUUUUUCCAAUGUGCCGUAACUCACCACACGCCAUGACCUUUGUCCCUGAAUUAAUUAUAGAUGGGCCAAUGGUGCGUCGUGUCAUCACCUUUAAGAAGACCCUUAAUCAAACAAAUAGUUUUAUAUUUUGAGAUCUGAUAACUUUUUUAGCUGUCUAUGGAAUUAGACUUUAUUUCAAGUUUUAUCAUUAUUUCACGAGCAAAUGGCAGCAACUUUAAUAUGUUCCUUUUACAAAGUCCAAAUAGUAAGUUGCCAUGGAAACCUUAAAGUUUACUUUCUGGGACAAGACAGACACAAAGAGGUUCGAUAGAGGAAAGGAUUUUUUACCCCCUAGAUUUAAAAAGAAUACAUUUUUAGACUUGAUUCUUACAGUAGGCUACUAAUUUCAGUGAAAGUUAGACUGGCUUAAUUCUUGUGGACAGCCACGGGGAAAUAAUAUAAGAAAUAGAACCUGAAUAGAAUUUGUUACACUUAAGAUUCUGACAGGCUUUAAAAAAGUACUAAGCUUAUUUACUGGCCACCCGGUUGUGUGAGUUAUGUGAUUCAACCGUGUGUGUUUACAGGUCUCAGAGGUGCUUCGGUGCAAACAGCUGUUGCUUGCUCUCAUAUGCGGGCGACACACAUAUUUACAUACUCCAUAAACAACAACUGCACUCUGCCUACGCGUCGCUGCCCGUCCCACGAGAGGCUGGCGCGUGAGGAAUGUGAAUCAUGUGACUACAACCGUUGUCCUGUGAUUGGCUAUAAUCUGCUUCCGGAGAAUGUCAGGGAUAGUAUUGCAGUAUAUCGCACGGACGUCCAUGGCGAAUCGCCAUACUGUUGUAAGGUUGUUUUACAGUAAAAAAUAUACUUAAAAUAUUUUUUAGCUAAUGCUGAGAAUGGGUGCCAUUAGGAAUAGAUUUAGGGUUCAGGCUAGGUUAGACUCCUUGUUCUGCUUGAAUAACAUAAAGAAUGGAUAAGUUAUUAAUGUAUUUUUUUAAAUCGAAAGCCAACAAGUCAGGAAAUAGGCAACAAAGUAGCCACACUCAAGAAGAAGCAUUACAUUACAUAGAAAUAUAUAGCAACUCUCUGAAGCAAAAGUCAAAUUUUGUCUAACAAACAUGACUCUUAAGUCUCACACUUUAUCGUGGGUUACUGUUAUUUAUUCCAGACAGUUUAUUUGAUUAAUUAUUAUGUUGUUAUUCCCCCUUUGUUCUCCUCUCGGUGCCACUGGCCAGAUUUUGGCAGUAGAAAGUCCAACUGGUAUAAGCAUUAUCCUUGAGAAAUAAAUUGUUUUCCAAAGUAUUUACCAUUUAGUUCAUCUUACAUUCGAACCCACUUAUCUCGACCUCGGAAAUGAAAUGACAAUCUCGUUAUCCACGCAAUUAACUUGACACAGCAAGAAGCGAAGAGCUACAAGCUUGCAAACAAAAGAGAGAGGUCGUAGUACAUGUUCUGUUAAUAUAGCGAACCCGCUUGUCGGUUAAUAGGCUUUCACACGUUCUUACAUGUUGAUUUUUUUAUUUAAAAAAAACAACAAAAAAAACAGAAUCUGUAUUGAAUAAACUGAAGUGGCGAAUUCGGAGCGACAGAAAAUAAAAACUCGAGAAUCCGGAGCUGACAAAUAUUUAGACUCGCGAAUCCGGAAUUACGGGAUGAUCCGGAAAUGUUUCAACCCACAUAUCCCUUGUGUUGUUAGCACACAUGUAUGUACCUUUUCAUACAUUUUCGCUUCAGCAAACAAAUCGCCCGCUGUAACGCUGUUGUGUAAAAUAAAAACCUCCAAAAACACGUGCAUGUACAUUCUUAUUUAUUAAUGCACAUCGUGUACGUAAAGAAAUUUCAAGCCCAUGUUAAUAUAUUGUCACCACAUUUGUUUUCGUUUAUCUCGAUCAUCGGUUAUCUCGACACUUUUUGGCAAACCCCGAGGCCGUCGACAUAACCGGGUUCGACUGUAUUUAAAUUCAUCUAAUAAAUUAAACACGAAUAAUUGUGUUUUAUUUUCAGAAGUCCCGCGAUCUGUCAUGAUGAGCUACUUACGUGUAAAAAUAAAUAAAUGAUAAACUAUUUGGUGCCACCAUCUAAGGAAUAAAAAAAAAUAUAUGUUUCACAAAAAUG